AAAGUCACCUGUUUCAUGCUACAUCACAUUGAGGAGCCAUGUUCCCUGGGGGCUCAUGCUGCUGUCAUUGUGCCUCCCACCUGGAUCAUUAAGGUGAAGAAACCUCAGAACUCCUUAAAGACUUCAACAAGGCGAAAGAAGAGAACAUCCUUUAAAAGAAAAGCCAGCAAAAGAGGAAAUGAAGUAGGUACUCAAGAUAACAAAGGCCGGCCUUUUGUGAUAAAACCUAUCUCCUCUCCUCUCAUGAAACCACUGCUGGUUUUUGUCAAUCCAAAAAGUGGAGGGAAUCAGGGCACCAAGGUUCUCCAAAUGUUUAUGUGGUAUUUGAAUCCACGACAGGUCUUUGAUCUCUCUCAGGAAGGGCCAAGAGAUGCGCUGGAGCUGUACAGAAAAGUGCCGAACCUGCGGAUCCUGGCAUGUGGUGGGGAUGGGACGGUGGGCUGGAUCCUGUCCAUCCUUGAUGAGCUGCAACUCAGCCCCCCACCUCCUGUGGCUGUCCUUCCACUUGGCACUGGGAAUGACCUUGCCCGCACCCUCAACUGGGGUGGGGGUUACACAGAUGAGCCAGUGUCUAAGAUCCUGUGCCAUGUAGAAGAUGGAACCAUUGUCCAGCUGGACCGUUGGAAUCUCCAGGUUGAGCGCAACCCUGAUUUGCCCCAGGAUGAGCUGGAGGACGGGGCACGUAAGCUUCCCCUAAAUGUCUUCAAUAAUUACUUCAGUCUUGGAUUUGAUGCACAUGUUACGCUGGAGUUCCAUGAAUCCAGAGAAGCAAAUCCAGAGAAAUUCAACAGCCGAUUUAGAAAUAAAAUGUUUUAUGCUGGGGCAGCCUUUACAGACUUUCUGCAAAGAAGCUCAAGAGAUUUAUCCAAACAUGUUAAAGUUGUGUGUGAUGGUACAGACCUGACUCCAAAGAUCCAGGAGCUGAAGUUCCAGUGUAUAGUGUUUUUAAACAUACCCAGGUAUUGUGCUGGCACAAUGCCCUGGGGGAACCCUGGUGACCACAGAGACUUUGAGCCCCAGCGUCACGAUGAUGGCUACAUCGAAGUCAUCGGGUUCACCAUGGCCUCGCUGGCUGCUCUCCAGGUGGGUGGCCACGGAGAGCGGUUGCACCAGUGCCGGGAGGUGACGCUUUUGACGUACAAGUCUAUCCCCAUGCAAGUGGACGGCGAGCCCUGUCGGCUGGCUCCCUCCCUCAUCCGCAUCUCCCUAAGGAACCAAGCCAACAUGGUGCAGAAAAGCAAGAGGAGAACGUCCAUGCCUUUGCUGAAUGAUAUCCAUAAAGUGCAGUCUGCUGACCUGAGGAGAGUCUCGGCUCCCCCUGAUUCCUUCACUGUUCCUCAUUCCAUCCCAGAUCGCCUGCGGAUCAGAGUGAACAGGAUUAAUUUACAAGAAUACGAGGGGCUACAUUACGACAAAGAAAAACUCCGGGAAGCUUCCAUUCCCCUAGGGAUCAUAGUUGUACGAGGAGAUUGUGACUUGGAGACUUGUCGUAUGUACAUUGACCGUCUGCAAGAGGACCUACAGUCAGUAACCUCUACUACACAAAGAGUUCAUUACCAGGACCAGGAAAGCUCUUUCCCCAGAGUACUUUCUGUUCAGAGGCUCUCUCCUAGAUGGUGCUUCCUAGAUGCAACUUCUGCUGAUCGUUUUUACCGCAUUGACAGAUCUCAGGAACAUUUGCACUUUGUGACGGAAAUUUCGCAGGACGAGAUUUUUAUUCUGGACCCAGAGAUGGUAAUGUCUCAGCAGGUGGGAACACCACCAGGAAUGCCUGACCUGGUAGUGGAGCAGGCAACUGGAAUAUCGGAGAGGUGGAACCCUGCGGUUCGGAAGAGGAUGCUGAGUGACAGCGGCCUUGGAAAGAUUUCUCCCCACUACGAGGUACCUGACAAACAAAAGGACGCCAGCCAGACACAUAUGCUGCAGUCACCGGUUUCUUCAGAAGAUCAAGCACUUUUACAGGCAGUCAUAUCUGGUGAUGUACUGAAGUUCAUAGAAUGUUGUAAAAAAGGAGCCAAUUUGUUAAUCCAAGGACCUGAUCACUGCUCCUUAUUGCACCACGCAGCCAAGACUGGGAAUGGCGAGAUUGUGAAAUACAUCCUGGAGCAUGGUCCAUCUGAAUUACUGGACAUGACAGACAGUGAAACGGGUGAGACAGCACUACAUAAGGCAGCCUGCCAGCGCCACCGCGCCGUCUGCCAGCUCCUGGUGGAUGCGGGAGCCUCUCUGAGGAAGACAGACUCCAAGGGUAAGACCCCUCGGGACAGGGCUCAGCAAGCUGGUGAUCCAGAUCUGGCCUCCUACCUGGAGAGUCGACAAAACUAUCAAAUGGUUUCCCAUGAGGACCUAGAGACAGCAGUCUGA